CCUGAUUCUCGGCCGUGGCUUGACGACCUUCACCACUGCGGCGACCCUCACGGCCUUCACUGCCUCGGUAUGGACCCAAAAUUCUCAUCCACUAUGACGAUCAGCUCGAUCUGGCCCCCAUGAUUGGGACCGGGGUAAUCCCCUCAUGAUGACGUUCAUUUGCUGGUAUCUCUUCCAUGGAAACGCCCCUGAAUACGAAACAGAUGGUCCAGAUGGCGUGUGAUUGUGAAUAUGAACGAUAAAGCAAACGACGUCAUCGAGGAGGAUGAAUGGGUUUCACAGGUUAUAUAAAGCCCUCUUCAUCAGCCUCUUCAUCCAUCUUUCCUCCAUCAUCCAACAAACUCAAUCACUCUACAAAGCUUUCAACCUACAGCAAACUUUUUCAAGAACAACCUCUUCGUUCAAACACAAAUCAAUCAACAUGUCUGACACCGGUCGCAAGGAUUUCUCUACCAAGGCCAAGGAGGAGAUGACUCCUGACUCCUCUAAGUCCACCCAGGACAAGGUCAAGGAGACCUUCACCGACACCACUGAUCGCCUUGCCCGCGGCACUCAGUCUGACAACUCCAAGUCCACCACUCAGGAGGCUUUCGACAAGACUCAGCGCUCCCACGACAACACCGUUCACGGCGGUUCUUCCGAGUCCAUUGGUGACAAGAUCAAGAACGCCGUCGGCCUCGGCAACAACUAAGCCAGGCUCGCAUAUCCCGAACACAACUGUAUCAUGGGUUAGCGGCGGACUUUCGGUUUCCAUCAUGUGAAUAACUUCUGGUGUCCGAAGGAGGAUAGCUGGCGACUCUGGGCAGAUUGUUCUUAUGAUUUUCAUGAGUUGACGAUACCAACCA